AUGCGGCGCUGGACCAAAUUAUGGCGGUCGCUUGCGGCUGCGCAGCGAUCCCCGUUUUUGCAGCAGCGGCGGAUGACGUCGGGGGUGCCAACGGAGCAGGAGGUGCGAAACGCGUACGCGGCACUGGGGGUCGCCGCCUCGUCCCCCUUCCAGGACGUGAAGAAGCGCUACGUGGAGCUCGCAAAGCAGCACCACCCGGAUGUAAACGGCGGCAAUGAAAACAACGCGUCCACGCGCAUGGUGAACAUAAACGACGCCUACGCCACGCUUCGUCGCUUUCACAGGGCGGGGGGUGCCACGCCGCGGGGCGGCUCCCAGGCGUCCUCCAGCGGCAGCGGUCAGUCGUACUACACCACGCAGGAUGAGCCGUACCAGCCCUGGCACGAGGACCUUAACCCGCUCAUUUACGAGAUGAUGUGGGAUGAGAUGCGCCGUCAGGCCAAUAGUGAGACUUUCGCACACGCCGCUGCUGCAGGGGGUGGCCAGGAUAGCAGGCGGCGACAGACCCAACAGCAUCAUCAUCAGCAUCGCCAGCAAGGCGGGGGUGAGGCGUCAAGGGGAGGGCAAAAGAGGGCGCAAGGAGACAACAACCGUCGGCACCCUAAGGCUGGCAAUCCCCGCAAGACGACGACUUGGCCUGAUGCUGACCUGCAAGCGAUGGUGAACAUGUACCAGGAUGGAAAGAGCUUUGAGUUUAUCGCGAAUGCCCUAGGCAAGCAGACAGCCGAAGUUGUCUCCGAGUUUAACCGCUGGAGCGACGACAAAAAGCGAUCGUUGCGUCCACCGCAACGGCGACCAAGAGGAUACUAUUACGCAGAGUCCCCUGACAUUGACUUCACAGAAUUUGAUGAGUUUAACGACCCCUUCGGUUACGGCAUUGGGGACGACUCCGAUAACAUGGACCUGGAAGACGUCUUCUUUGACGGCGAGGCCAUGCCCUUCUCUGGCGGGCACUAUAUGAGUGGACACCGUCCACGGAGCAGCGGCGGUGGCGGUGGCCGCGGUGGCCGCGGACGUCAUGGGCCGAGCCAUCGUCAACGGUGA